AUGACACUACACAGACAUUUGUUGUCUCUGUCUUAUAAAAAGAGAGAAGGCGUUGCAAACAUAGAACCUAGUGGUACUGCUGCAGAAGAGGAUCAAGGAAAGGUAUAUUCUGUGGAAAAAGUGUUAGAUAAACGUUCCAGAAAUAAUAUGGUAGAAUAUUUCAUUAAGUGGAGCGGGUACGAUGACAAGAAUAAUACUUGGGAACCCAGGGAAAAUCUUUAUUGGGGAAAGAAAAGAAAAAGAAAUGGAAAAAUUGGGCAUGGUGGCCGUGGCCGUUUACGUACACUUUCAAGAUCAACAGUUGCAACUAGUUGUUCAUCAGAAACUCGUCGUCAAGAGACCAGGAUUGAAACGGACGAAGAAAUUGAAAAUAUUGACACGGUCAAUGAUUUUUCUGCCACACUACCAAUACCUAAGAUUCCGGAAAAAAUUAUGGGUAAAACUGUUGAAAAUGGCCAGUUGGUAUUUUUGAUGAAAUGGAGAGGAAUAGAAGAAUUCAAUUUAAUCCCAGCUAAAGAGGCUAAUUUAAAGUACCCUCAAAUCGUUAUCAAGUAUUACGAAGAAAAAUUUCAUAAAAUAUAA